UUGUUACUGUAGCCAAGAAGAAAAAGUUGAAAACAGGAAGUGUAUGUAAACAAAUACGUGUUGGAUUCUAAACGGGGUUAAGCAGUAUUCUUACACAUUUUUUCUCUUUUUGAUAAUGAAAUGAGAGAAACAGCAGAGAGUUAUAGAUGGGGGACAACCAGCGGGAGGAUGUCGGAGGAGGAAACUCAGACUGGAUGUCAAGUCUCCCGGAGGAGCUCCUGGACGUCCCGCUUUGGAACCUGGCUAUUCCUGGGAGUCAUGACAGCAUGUCCUUCUGCCUGGACAUGUCCUCCCCGGUGCUCAGAUCGGAGCCCUGGCUUCUCCGGAUAACGGACCGACUUUUCCCCUGCUUGACCCGACCCUGUAUUUACCGCUGGUCCACCACACAGCAAUCUGUCCUCUGGCAUCAGUGUGAGCUCGGUAUUCGCUACUUGGACCUGCGGAUCGCCAGGAAGCCAGCAGGGGGCAGCAGUUUGUUCUUCGCCCACGGGAUCUACACGCUGACGUGCGUCAAGGAGGCUCUGGAGGAGCUGGCGUUGUGGCUGGACGCUCAUCCCAAAGAGGUCAUCAUCAUCUCCUGCUCUCACUUUGAGUCUCUGACUGAUGAAGAUCACGUCCAGCUGGUGGACUUCAUCCUCUCGCUCUUCAGCAAGAAGCUCUGUUCGUCACAGGACACUCCCACGUUGCGUUCCUGUUGGUCUGGAGGUCAGCAGGUCAUUCUCUCCUAUGAUGACCUGCAGAUGGAGUGUCAGCACCGUCAGCUGUGGCCAAAGAUUCCUUACUGGUACGCUGACAGCCCAGAUCCAAAGAAAGUGAUCACUUAUCUGGAGGAGAAGAAACGGAAAGGUAGACCAGGUAGUUUUUACGUCAGCGGUCUGAACCUGACCGAAGACGCUCUCUACAUCCUCCUCCAUCCCCUCCAGAACCUGAGGACGAUGACAAUGGAGGCGCUCUCGCCGCUGCUCCGUUGGACCGCAGAGCAGCGCCCCGGCCCAGGAGUGGGCGGAGUCAACAUCGUGUGUUGCGACUUCGUAGGUUUCAGUCGGUUCUGUUCGAUCGUGAUCGACCUAAACUUCAAGCUGCUGAAAGCUGCAGCCAGGACUUCCUCUGGUUCCCAGUUACCUCUGGGAUGAACUGCUUCCCCUGGUUUAGUUGGGAACAUUAGCGCUCACUGUUGCAGAAAAACAUUUGGAAACAUUUGGAGGAUGUUACCAGAAUCUCCACACUUCCAAUUUCCAUCAAUUUCACUGCAAACUGCUGCACUUUUAAACACAUUUCUAAGUAGAAAACUAGUUUUCUAGUUUGAUAAAUCAUCUGUACAUAUGUGUAAAAAAAAUUUUAAAUCAGUGUUUUCUUCUGUUAAAUCAAAUAUUUUUGUACAACUGAAUGAACUCAAUACAGUUGGUUGGCCUCAAACAAA